GAGAUGAGAGAGGCGAGCAGAGAGGAAGAGAGAAGACUCACACAGUCCCGGUAUCAUGCAGCAGAUAUGAGGACGAUUCAUGUGUAAGAGGCAGAGCCCGGCGCAGAACAGGCAGCCUUGCGGACCAGUAGUCAGACCCAGGAUCAGCCUAGCCAUCUCAGAGCUGGAGACCCUCUCUUCACCACGUCUCUCUCCUCCACCGCGUGCCCCCCUCAGUGACAUGUACCCCGAAGAGAGCCGGGGGUCUGGAGGGGUAGCCACUGUGGACUUCUUGGAGGGGACAUACGACUAUGCCACCCCCACCCCUGCCCCGACUCCUCAUUACAGCCACCCCACCACUGGCUACUACUCUGCUCCUCUGGAUUCCCACGGACCACCCUCAGAUGGCAGCCUUCAGUCUCUGGGCAGUGGCCCCACUAGUCCUCUUGUGUUUGUGCCCUCCAGCCCACGUCUCAGCCCCUUCAUGCACCCGCCCAGCCAUCACUAUCUGGAAACCAGUUCAACACCCAUCUACAGGUCCAGUGGGCCAUCCAGUCAGCAGCCAGUAUCCAGAGAGGACCAGUGCGGCGUCAGUGACAAGUCAUACGUUGUGGGGGAGUCAGGAGCAGGAGCCGUGGGGGUUGAGAUGGCCAAAGAGACGCGUUUCUGUGCCGUAUGCAGUGAUUAUGCCUCAGGGUACCACUAUGGGGUGUGGUCCUGUGAAGGCUGCAAAGCCUUCUUCAAGCGGAGCAUCCAGGGUCACAAUGACUAUAUGUGCCCAGCAACCAAUCAGUGUACUAUUGACAGGAAUCGGAGAAAAAGCUGCCAGGCUUGCCGUCUUAGGAAGUGUUAUGAAGUGGGAAUGAUGAAAGGAGGUGUGCGCAAAGAUCGUGGUCGUGUUUUGCGGCGGGAUAAACGAUGGGCUGGUGCCAGAGACAAGUCCACCAAGGAGCUGGAGCACAGAAAAGUCCCCCCCCAAGACGGGAGGAAACGAAGCAGCAGCAGCGCUUCCGGAGGAAAAUCAUCAGUAGCUGCCAUUCCUCCUGACCAGUUGCUCCUCUUGCUCCAGGGUGCUGAGCCCCCAAUGUUAUGUUCCCGUCAGACGCUGGGCCGACCCUACACUGAGGUCACCAUGAUGACCCUGCUCACCAGCAUGGCUGACAAGGAGCUGGUCCAUAUGAUCGCCUGGGCCAAGAAGCUUCCAGGUUUCCUGCAGCUGUCCCUCCAUGACCAGGUGCAGCUGCUGGAGAGCUCGUGGCUGGAGGUGCUGAUGAUGGGGCUCGUCUGGAGAUCCAUCCACUGCCCCGGCAAACUCAACUUCGCACAGGACCUCAUACUGGACAGGAAUGAGGGCGACUGUGUUGAGGGUAUGUCCGAGAUCUUUGACAUGCUGCUCGCCACCACGUCCCGUUUCCGCAUGCUCAAACUCAGACCUGAAGAGUUUGUCUGCCUCAAAGCUAUCAUCUUGCUCAACUCUGGUGCUUUCGCUUUCUGCACCAGCACAAUGGAGCCCCUACACGACAGCGCGGCAGUACAAAACAUGCUGGACACCAUCACAGACGCUCUCAUACAUUGCAUCAACCAAUCAGGAGGCUCGGUCCAGCAGCAGUCGAGACGGCAGGCCCAGCUGCUCCUACUGCUCUCUCACGUCAGACACAUGAGUAACAAAGGCAUGGAGCACCUCUACAGCAUGAAGUGCAAGAACAAAGUGCCUCUGUACGACCUGCUGCUGGAGAUGCUGGAUGCUCAGCGCCUCCAACAUCCGAUCAGACCAUCACAGUUCUGGUCCCAAGCUGACAAGGAGCCUCCCUCCACCACCAGCAUCAACAACAACAACAACAACAACAACAACAACAGCAGCAGUGGUAGCGGCAGUGGCAGCGGCUCCUCAGCUGGCUCCAGUUCAGGAAUCCGAGGCACCCAUGAGAGCCCGAGCAGACCCCCCUCAGGUUUAGGCGUCCUGCAGUACGGAGGGUCCCGCUCGGACUGCACCAACAUCCUAUGAGACGGAGCACAAGUAACAUCUGAAGGUCUUAUACAUGUCAGAAGUCAUUUUUAUGGAUGACGUGUGUAGUUUAGAACAAGAGGGCUUUGGGAAUGAAAGAUAAACAUUGUAUUUUAAUUAAUUUCAUGAGAUAAUUAUUUAUAAAUUUAGUGAUUUUAUAGUCGUCUCUGUUUAGGUAGAAAAUAUUCCAGCAGUAGCAGCAGCAGCAGUUACUCACUUCAAUCUGAGCUUAAGUGCAGUUACUCUUCUACGCUGCCUUUCAUAUCUGUGAUUUUUAGUCAGCCUCUAAUAGCUUUACAGUACAGCUCGUUAUUUCCAAAAUUGCAGGUGUUAUUCAUAUUGUGGCCUUUUGUUAGUUACAGUAAUUCGAAAUGAGGAGCAGCUAAUUUUUCCUUUUUAUUUGCCUCGACCAAAGUGCACUUCCUCUUAAGUUUAAGGGGCUGUUGGGCAUUAUUUUCACUUUUACAUUUAAAUCGUGAUUGCACACUAAACUGAUGAUAAUGAUAAAAGUGGAUCAAAUGAAUGUGUAAUUUAUUUUGUGUUUAAACUGCCAGGUGAAGACAAAAUGUCAGGUAUCACAUCUUAUGCGCACACAGUUUCACACCAAAAAAAAGUAAUCAAUCAUGAAAAGAACAGUGUCAGAGGAUAUAUUCAUUGUACUGUUGAAUUUCAUGUAGUUAAACAUUACACGAUCAAAUCCUGCAGCACUGAUUACAUCAUGAAGGAAAUCAGGCUUUAUUGUUGGGUUACUUCACCUUCUUCACAGCUUUUUGUGUUUAGGUUUUUUGUCUGCGCUUACUCGCACCAAAGUUUUUCUGAACUUGUUUUGUCUUAAAUAUGUGUGCGCGCAUGUGUGUGUGUUUGGAGAGACAGAGUAAGGCCAGUUGAGGCUUAAAUCUGACUUGAAGCAUAGAAUCUUGUCUUGAUGCAUUGUACCACAUUUAAACUACAUGAAACCUACAACCGGUUAAUUAUUCAUCCACUAAUUCAGUUGAGUUUGGCUGGCUUUACACACCUGAAAAAUCCCAAAUAUAAUGUUCAUGCCUCAUGUAAUUGAUUUCUUUUGUCUAAAUAGACUCAAUUGGAUCAAAAAGAAAUCUGGUGUGGACAUGAUCAGGUGUCUUCUUUAUGAAAACGGCAUCAAUUUUCUCAAUUGUUUUGUCCAUAAAAUAGAAAAGAAAUAGCAAAAAUGGUCACAAUAAAUCACAAUUGACCAUAGCCCAGGAUGAUAUAUUCAAGUUGGUUUGUGAAGUUGUCCAAACAACUGUCCAAAACCCAAAUGUAUUGAAAAAACUAUCCCAUAUGACAAAGAAAACCAGCAAAUCCUCCCAACUGAGAAGCUAAAUUUUGAUAUUUUUGCCUAAAAAAGUUUUUUUUCCCAACUGAUAAUUUCAACUCUGUGCCCCUUUAUAAAGCAACUCCUUCUUUAUGUUAUGUCCUGCAAAACUACUUAAAGCACUAUUUGAGAAUAGAGAAUGAAUACAUUUGGCCAUUAUACUGCCCUUAACUGUAAUUGCAAAUACUUAAAUAUGAUCAUUCUAGUCACUUGAGAAGAUGCUGCAGGUAUA